AUGGCAGAUUUACACCAAGCAACAGCUAAUAUAUAUCUUGAAUUGAAACAAUUCGACAAAGUCGUUGAGCAUUCGGAUCAAGCGAAAACGCUCUUUGAUAAGCUAGCUCCUAAUACACGCAUUUGUGUUGCAGAAACAUUACGUACCAUUGGUAUUUUGAACUUGAAAAGAGGCAAUCUUGAUCUGGCUCGUAAAAAUCUAACAGAUGCUUUGGUGAUCUUUGAAAAAGAAUUACCAGAAUUUCAUCCCACAACUUCUGGAAUUUAUUUAAACCUUGGUCUUACAUUGGAAAAAUUAAGUAAGUUUGAUGAAGCUCUUGAAAUAUUCGAGAAAGUCAAAACGAUGAACUUGAUCAUCUAUCCGAAAAAUCAUUCUUUUAUUGCUCCCUGCUAUCAUCGUGUUAGUGUAAUUUUACGAGAUAAGAACUUAUUGCAAGAAGCUUUAACUAAUGCUGAACAUGCAUUGCAGUCAGCAAAUAUUGCACAGCCAAUAGACUAUCACGAAUUGUCUUGUAUUCAUGAUACAUUAGCGAGCAUCCAUUUAAAAGGAGGAGAUUUCACUCGAGCACACAUUGAAAUUCAGAAUAGUUCUGCUGUACGCCAAACACAUUGUCCAAAUGAUUUACCUCUGUCUCAAAUCAGUCUAGCCAAUGUACAUACUCAUGAAAAUUGUACACAACAAGCAAUUGAUCUUCUAAAUGGAAUUAAUGAUGAUCAGUUAUUGUCCGUUCAUCAUUAUACUCCAGCUCAAUUAAGCAAGGAUAUAGCUAUAAUUUAUAAUGAUUUGAAACAAUAUGAAUCGGCUCUGCGAAUGCUUGAGUUUACUUUACAGCAUAUUGCUGAUGAUGAACAUUAUUUGGGAGCUGGAGCUCAUCUUUUAGUGGCAAACAUAUAUUGGAAACUUGGUCACAAAUCUCAAACACUUGAGCAUCUUGACCAGGCUUUGGUAAUGUUGGACAAUAUGAAUAAAGAAUAUUAUCAUGAAAUGAUUAUUUGUAUUUUCAAAAGUAUGGCGAAUGUUCAUAAAGCAUCAAAUGAAUAUCGUCAAGUGCUAGAGUGUUACCAAAAACUGCUUAGUUUUUGUAAGACAAACGAACUUGCUCAAAUUCAUAUAGAUAUUGGUUUUUGUUAUUCAGAACUAAAUGAAAUGGGAUUAUCAUUGGAAAGCUAUCAAUUAGCUCGCUCACUAUGCUCCUCAACAAACUACGAACUAUUGGCUAAUAUAUAUGAUGGACUUGGGAAAUACUAUGCACAUAGUGGAAACAGUAUCGAAGCGAUAAAUAAUUUCGAAACUACUCUAAAUAUACGACUUCUUUACAUGAAAAAUGAUGAUUUCCGUCUUACUUCACUAUAUGCAGACUUGGGCCAAUUAUAUUUGGAAAGUGAAAAAUAUCAAGAAGCAGCAAACUUUUUCGAGCAACUUUUGGAUAAACAAAUGAAACAAAAUGAACAGGAAAAUGCCAUAAAUACACUUGUAUUAUUAGGUAUCACUCAAGUCCGACAAAAUAAUUUAGAUAAAGGUAUUUAUUACUAUAAGAUGGCAUUUCAAUUAUCUUUAAGUAUGUCUUCACCUGAUUACAAAAUUGCCGCAUUUAUUUGUAGUCACAUGGGUGAAGCCUACGAUUUAGAUUGUAAUCCAUGGCAAUGUGUUGAAUCGUAUGAAAAAGCAAUUGAGAUGGCUCGGAGAGUAGAACCUCAUGAUGAUGAAUUAUUGGCACUUUUUCAUGAGAACGCUCAAGUGGCACGUCAGAGUGUUAUUAAGGCAGAAAGCAAGAUCAUCGAAGCAGAAGAUGCAACAACAACAACAGAACAUGAUUAA